GCAUUUUAAGCUAAGCACAUGAAAGUGUGGUGUGAUUGUGCACGUUACAUGGAAGGGAGGCCUCGAGUGUACGAAUUUGGCAUACAAGGCAAACACAAAAACAGAACAAGAGAGGGACAAUAAAUCCCACUCUUCUUUAAACCCCCUGGAACUGCAUCUCAUGUGACUCACUCAAUUCUUCUUUCUCUAUAACUAAAAAUCAAAACCCUUUUCAUUGCAACAAUAACAAAUCAUCAAACCCCUCUCUCUCUCUCUCUCGUUUUAAACCAUUUUCCUCUGCCCAUGGCGGCUGUCCCAGCAUCGCGGACCGAUCCACCACCGGCAAUGGUGCAGCCGCCGCUGCUCGUCUCUGACCCCUUCGCCAAGGACGCCAUUCUCGCCUGGUUCCACGGCGAGUUCGCCGCCGCCAACGCCAUCAUCGACGCCCUCUGCGGCCACCUCGCGCAUCUCGCCGCCGCAUCCUCAGACUACGACGCCGCUUUCGCCGCCAUCCACCGCCGCCGCCUCAACUGGAUCCCCGUCAUCCAGAUGCAGAAGUAUCAUUCCAUCGCCGACGUCACUCUCGAGCUCCGCAGAGUCGCCGAGAAGAAAAGCGAGCACGAAGCAGCGAAAAAAAGCGAGAGCAGCUUCGAAGAGGAAGGGAAAUUGGAGAAGGAAACGGCGGAAAACGGCGGAAACGACGGUGAUGACGAUGCCGCGCCGGAGUAUGAUUCGCCGGACAGUGAAAUUACCGAUUCAGGAUCUCAGGAAAUGCAACCCAGUGUGAUGAACAACAACAUAUGUUCUAAUCAUGAAGAAUGCGAAGGACGUUCUUCACAGAUAAAGCUGACAAAAGGUUUCACAGCAAAGGAGUCCGUGAAGGGGCAUAUGGUGAAUGUUGUGAAAGGAUUAAAGUUGUAUGAGGAUGUUUUCUCUGAAUCAGAAAUCUGCAAGCUGACUGAUUUUGUGAAGGAGAUUCAUGCUGCUGCCCAGAACGGGGAGCUCUCAGGUGAAACUUUUAUACUGUUCAACAAACAGAUGAAGGGAAACAAGAGAGAGCUGAUUCAGUUGGGUGUUCCGAUAUUUAGACAGAUAAAGGACGAUAACAAAAGCAAUAUAGAACCGAUUCCAGCACUUCUUCAUGAUGUCAUUGAUCACCUUAUUCAAUGGAAAUUAAUUCCAGAGUACAAAAGGCCAAAUGGUUGUAUCAUCAACUUUUUUGAAGAGGGGGAAUUUUCUCAGCCAUUCCUGAAACCACCGCAUUUGGACCAACCUCUAUCCACACUUCUUCUGUCUGAAUCAACUAUGGCUUUUGGGCGUAUCCUUAUGAGUGAAAAUGAUGGGAACUACAAGGGUCCACUCAUGCUCUCAUUGAAGGAGGGGUCUCUUUUAGUGAUGAGAGGAAACAGUGCUGACAUGGCAAGGCACGUAAUGUGUCCAUCCCCUAACAGAAGGGUGAGCAUUACCUUCUUUAGAGUGAGGCCAGACUCCAAUCAAUGCCAAUCACCAACUCCCACCAUGACAACUGCGAUGACUCUUUGGCAACCUAGCAUUGCUAGCCCAUUUACUUUGCCAAACGGACCUCUAAGUGGCUAUGAGGCUAUGAAUAUGAUGCCCCAGUUGGGAAUACUUAGUGCUCCAAUGGUCAUGUUAGCUCCUAUGCGCCCUAUGGCAGCAAACACUCACAAACUUCCUCGAGGUGGAACUGGGGUUUUCUUGCCUUGGAAGGGGUCAGCCAGAAAACAUGCAAGGCAUCUUCCACCGCGUGCUCAAAAAGGACGCCUUAUGGAAUUACCCUCCCCAGUUGAAUCACACACGGGAGAGUCCAUUUCUGAACCCAGCAUUGCUGUUGAAGGAUAGGUAUGAUUUCUGUCUCAAAGCUGUCAUGGGUUUAAAGAGAUGUGAAUCAAGAAAACGUGGCUUCCAUGCCUCGGUUAUUUGAUCUGGACUGUGGAGUAUUUAUUUUGUUGUACAAACACAGGGGUUGCUAGAAGAGUUUGUUAAAUUCAAUUUUUUUUCCUCACAUUUUCCCUUUUACUUGCCUUUUAGAUAGAUAACUUAGAAUCUAGUUUUCACAAUGGUUUAUUGUGGGUUCCAAUCAGCUUCAAGGAUUUGGAGAAUGUGAAUUAUAUUACCGACAGAAUUUUAUAAGAAUGGUCAUUUAUGUUUUCAAUUAGAGUUUUAAUUUGAGUCUGACUGUCUACUGGCUGUUGAGGCUGCUACAAGACAGAUGAGUAUUAGAAAGUGGUUCAGGACAUCGAAAGCAUUAUUAACAGAGAAUGGGAGGGGAAGGUAGUACAAAUUCCUCCCUCCCGCUUUUGUGUGCA